CUGUCAGUACCAGCGAGGCAGACGCAGACGUGGGGAAGGCAGCUCCAGAGAUCUGAGUCACUGACCCGUGCUCCCGUCUCUCUGCCAGGCUGCGAAGCGCGAUGGACACCCCAUCUCAGAAGAGGGCCACACGGAGUGGGGCGGGUGGCACCCCGCUCUCUCCCACCCGCAUCACCCGCCUGCAGGAGAAGGAGGAUCUGCAGGAGCUCAACGACCGGCUGGCCGUCUACAUCGACCGGGUGCGCUCGCUGGAGUCGGAGAAUGCCGGUCUCCGGCUGCGCAUCACCGAGUCCGAGGAGGUGGUGAGCCGCGAGGUGUCGGGCAUCAAGUCGGCCUACGAAUCGGAGCUGGCGGAUGCCCGCAAGACCUUGGAUUCCGUGGCCAAGGAGAGGGCGCGACUGCAGCUGGAGCUGAGCAAAGUGCGGGAGGAGUUCAAGGAGCUGAAGGCACGGAAUGGCAAGAAGGAAGGGGACCUGCUUGCCGCUCAGGCUCGCCUCAAGGACCUGGAGGCCCUGCUCAACUCCAAAGAGGCCGCGCUCACCACCGCCCUGGGGGAGAAGAGGAAUCUGGAUAAUGAAAUCCGGGAGCUGAGGGCGCAAGUGUCCAAGGUGAGCAGCAGGUCCUGA